CUGGCCAUUGAGCAGAGACCUGGGUCGGCAUAUAAUGCUGUCGGAAAGUCCUAUCUGUACCCUAAGAAUCUUUUCAAAUAAGCGCUUAUCAUGUCUGGAAGAGGAAAGACCGGAGGUAAAGCAAGGGCGAAGGCCAAGACCAGGUCAUCCCGUGCCGGGCUCCAGUUCCCCGUUGGCCGUGUGCACAGACUUCUUCGCAAGGGCAACUAUGCUCAUCGCGUCGGAGCCGGGGCUCCGGUCUACCUGGCGGCCGUGCUUGAGUAUCUGACCGCUGAGAUCCUCGAGUUGGCCGGCAAUGCUGCCCGCGACAACAAGAAGACCCGCAUCAUCCCCCGCCAUCUGCAGCUGGCCGUCCGCAAUGACGAGGAGCUCAACAAACUCCUCGGUGGAGUGACCAUCGCUCAGGGCGGUGUGCUGCCUAACAUCCAGGCCGUCCUUCUGCCCAAGAAGACCGAGAAGCCCGCCAAGAAGUAAAUCAGAAACCCUACAAACCAAAGGCUCUUUUAAGAGCCAACCAAAUAUUCUC